GUUUCCUGGCUGUGGCUCCUGCUGUAGCUCCGUGAAGCUGUCAAACAACUGUCCACUACCAGGAGAUAUGAGCGUAUAUUCUUACCGUUCAGGAUACAGAGAGUCAGGAUAACACCGCGCAGUUACAGUUUCUCUGGUUAUGUUUCACAGCAUCGCGGCUAAUUGAAUGCUAUCUGACCUAGCAUUUAGCGUUAGCACUUUGUAUGCUACAAGUCUAAUGAGUGUUUUAUUGGACUGACAUGCUGUUUCGUGGAUGCAGACAUAAGUGAUCGAUCUAAACAGCUCUCAGUGGAGAUAAACAUGUCAUCAUGAAGUGUGUAACUUGAUGUGUUCUCUGAUAUUAGCUUACAAUGCCUCUUGCUCCUGCUAACCAGUCUCAGUUGAUUCGGUCCAGUCAGAAGGAUGAAUAUUAUCAAACGUAUCUGAGGAACAACGCCAACGAAGCUUUCCAGACACUUGCUGGAUCCAAAAGAUGGUUGGACUGGAGGAAAGAGAUAGAGCUGCUGUCAGACAUUGCAUACUAUGGUUUAACCACAUUCUCAGGUUACCAAACUCUGGGUGAGGAGUAUGUCAACAUCAUCCAGGUAGACCCCAGUCAACGUCAUAUCCCCUCCGUGGUCAGACGAGGCCUGUUUGUCCUCUGCCAUGCCUUCCUGCCUUACCUGCUGGACAAGGUCCUGAUCUGUCUGGAAAACGAGCUGGAAGGCGGACAGGAGCACCGCAGCAUCAGACGGACACAGGUGGCGUCUGGACCAUGGAGUCUGGAGUCUUGGCUGAGGAGGUGGAUGCAGAAGGCAGUUGGGUUGUUGUCAGAGUCUCAGAGGAGAGCGUACCUGCCAGCUGUGUUUGUCCUCCAGCACAGCCUGACACUCCUGCACAGACUCCAUGUGGCUCUGUUCUACAUCAGCGGCUCCUUCUAUCACCUUUCCAAGAGGACGGCUGGUAUCAGCUAUGUGCGUGUGUCGGGGCCGAGGAGUGACGACGGGACCAUCAGGGGCAGCUACAGACUGCUGGGAGCCAUGUCCCUCCUCCAGCUGAUCAUCACUGUGUGUCUGCAGCUGAACAACUUCAGACAGAGACAGAGAGCCAGGCAGGAGUGGAAGCACUACAGGAACCUCAGUGUCAGUCCUCAGCACACUCAGAGCUCAGGAUCCAGAGCCAGCCGCUGUAUCCUCUGCCUGGAGGAGAGGAGACACUCCACCUCCACUCCCUGUGGACACCUCUUCUGCUGGGAGUGUAUCACAGAGUGGUGCAACACUAAGGCAGAGUGUCCUCUGUGUCGGGAGAAGUUCCAGCCUCACAGACUAGUGUACCUGAGGAACUACAGCUGAAACCUCUGCUGGACUGCAUCUGAAUACAGGUGCAGGCAGGCUGAACAUGUGAAGACAAACUAUUUUCCAGCAGCCCCACUGAACUGAGCUUCUUUAAUAUAUACACACAACCUUUGUGUGCUUCUGAGCCUUUCUUUAAAAUGAUUACUCUUUCUGCCUUUUUUAGGGGAAGUUAUUAAUUUUGUUAAUUUAUUUUGGAUUGUAUCAGUCCAAUCAUCAAUACUGCAGCUCUGUUGAUUGAAUUACAACUUUAACAUAUGUUUAAUAAAUAAAUGUGAACAAGGACAACAAUGCUUCAGUUGUAACAUUUACAGAUUACUGUGCUUUUCUGUCAUGAACAGUCUGUUGUAUGAAUGGCAGAUUGAACUGAUGAAUGGACUG